AUGAAAAAAGAUUGGAUCUUUGGUAUCGCCCUUUGCAAAGUGGAACGAUUUCUUUUCCAUUGUAAUCUUUAUGGAAGCAUCUUCUUUAUCACCUGCAUCAGUGUCAACCGCUGCAUCGGAGUUGUGUACCCCUUUUAUGCUAGGGGUAGAGUGGAGAGUAAACACGCCAAGUUGGCAAGUGUGGCAGUUUGGCUUAUAGUUGCCGCAAUUUCUUGCCCUGUGUUUGAAUUCUCAACCUUACAGGUAGAAGGACUUAAGAAAGAAUGCUUAGGGACAGCCCUGAACAGCCAACUAAAGUCAUAUUUUCCAUACAGCCUGUUUCUUGCUGGCUUUGGCUGUGGCCUCCCAUUUAUCAUCACUCUUAUAUCUUAUACAGGCAUAGCUCGAGCUGUAUGGAAAAGUCAUGGACUGGAAUCAAGGGAAAAGAGAAAAGUGGUGACCAUGGUCUGUGUGGUCAUUUUGUUGUACUCCAUCUCAUUCCUGCCCUACCACAUCCUGAGGAACAUGAACCUUGCAAGCAGAAUAUGGCCAAAGAAUUGCAAACGAUCUGCUUUUCUACAUUCCGCUUUCCAAGUCACCCGGGGGCUAGUGGCACUGAACCCUUGUAUCCACCCAUUGUUGUACACUUCUGUGAUGGACAAUGUGAGGGCAAAACUUGGCUGUUGCAAAGGACAGGAAGAGGAGAAACCGCCUGAGAGCAUUCGACUUUGA